CGCAGGCAAUAAAAGAUGGCUAGCAAAUUGUUGAAUUUCGGCUCCAAGCUGUUCAAAAAGACAACGCAAUUAAUUAUAAAUGGAGCCCACAAUAAUAGACGCAGUGCAUCGACAAGUGCUCGAAAUUGGAUUGAGAAACACCCAAAACUGUUGGCAUUUGGCACGUUGACUGGUGCCGCAGGACUUUUGAUGUUCGCCUUGGAUGUGAGUGUGGAGGCAUCCAGUGAUCUAGUGCAUCCGCCCGCACAGAACUGGGGCCACAAGGGACUGCUGUCGGCCAUCGACAAGGAGGGUGUGCGUCGUGGCUAUCAGGUGUACAAGGAGGUUUGCUCCUCGUGCCACUCGUUGCAGUACAUCGCCUAUCGCAAUUUGGCCGGCGUUUGCCUGACGGAGGAGGAGGCCAAGGCGGAGGCGGAGGGCAUCACGGUGCAGGAUGGUCCCGACGAGGAGGGCAACUACUACGAUCGACCCGGUAGACUGUCCGAUUAUUUGCCGCGUCCUUAUGCGAACGAGGAGCUCGGACGAUCGGCAAAUAAUGGCGCCUAUCCGCCAGAUCUGAGCUAUAUUGUAUCGGCCCGCAAGGGCGGCGAGGAUUAUGUGUUUGCCCUGCUGACGGGCUAUUGUGAGCCACCUGCGGGCUUUGCUCUGCGUGAGGGUCUUUACUUUAAUCCAUAUUUCUCGGGUGGCGCCAUUGCAAUGGGCAAGCUGAUUGACAAUGAGGUCGUCUCCUAUGCGGACGAGGAGGUGGCUCCGUCGGCCAGCCAACUGGCCAAGGAUGUGGUCACAUUUCUUGUUUGGGCCUCCGAGCCAGAGGGCGAUCUGCGCAAGAUCCUGUUAAUUAAGGUCACUUUAAUAUCGACAUUUUUAAUCGGUAUCACGUAUUAUAUCAAGCGUCUGAAAUGGUCGGCUCUAAAGUCGCGCAAGAUUUUCUAUUUGCCAGAGUUGCAGGAGAAGGCAAGUAAGGCGGCAAGUAAGGCGGCAAGUGAAGCGGCAAGUAGCAAGAAUGAUAAUUGUAAAAAAUAAUUAUACUCCAUGCUAUAUUUAUACA